UGGACAUCAAAUCUCAUGAAAGGAAAGCAAGAAUCCUUGAAUAGGAUUCUCUCUUUCUUUCUAGCACUUAUUUAUGUCACCGUGGGCAUUUCUACACCAGAAACUUUUCCUUUCUCCCAUAAGUCCCUGUUGCACUAUUAUAAAGAGGCGGAAAUUAGACUGUUUGAUUCAUUCUGACGGCCAUGGAAUUCAGCAUCCAGAAAACCGAAGCCUUCCUUAGGCUUUGUGCUAUAUUGCUCUUGGUUUUGACAGCUUGUCUAGUUGGCUUUGACUCUCAAACGAAGGUCAUCUUCUAUGUUGAAAAGAAAGCUUCCUUCAAGGAUUUGCGCGCUCUCAUAGGGUUGGUGUAUAUCACUUCUUUGGCUGCUGCUUAUAACCUAGUCCAACUAAGCUGUUACUCUUUCUCAGCUCGGCGCAAAGGAAGCUCACCCCAAUCUUACAAAUAUCUAGCUUGGCUCCGUUACGUUCUGGAUCAGGCAGCAGUGUACGUAGUGUUUGCUGGAAACUUUGCAGCUUUUGAGCAUGCACUUUUGGUUGUAACUGGAGAACAGAACUUUCAAUGGAUGAAGUGGUGCAAUAAAUAUACCAGAUUCUGCUUCCAAAUCGGUGGGUCGCUGCUCUGCGGCUGUGUAGCAAGUCUCAUAAUGGUUUUCAUCGCUUCCAUCUCCGCAUUCAACUUGUUCAGGCUUUACUCCCCGAAAAAGUUCCUGCUCUUGAAGGCCACAUGACGAGUUAUUUUCGCUUUGACAUUUCCUGAUCUUGAAAGCCACUUUGAAUUGUAUAUUGUUGUUUACACUUAAAUAAAAAAUCGAACAAAUAUAAAAGCAAGAAGAAGAAGAAACAAACACUAGGUUUUUCGUUUCUUAUUGAUCUUAUCUUUAUCAUGUACUUAAUGAAUAUUACCGAUGAUGUGCAUAACAGAAAACUAUUAGUUGCAAGUUUUUGUUAGAUUUUUUUCAAAUAAUAAAGUGUGGACUUUCAUUACUUAA